GACACUGACAAACGACACUUGGUGCUAACAACAUUUCAAAAUUGUUGUAUCCACUUCACAUGUAAAUAAUCAACGGUCUUACAUAUUUUAUUGUGUGGUAAUUAUUCGCAAAUAAUAUUACUCUUAAUAUAUUGAUAAUCCAUUAAGAUUACUGGAUGUGAAAAGAAUUAAAUAUGACGAAACAGAUUGAAUUUUUAUGUUUUUUAUUAUUUCCCAUUCACACACUAUCAAUUAACUUUAAUGAAUUAAAUUUGCCUCCGCAACAUAUUCCAUUCGUUUUUAAUGCAUUUCCUGAAAUUGCUGAAACCUGCAAUUCGGAACAAAGCUGCCCUUUCAAGAGUUCGCUGGGUGCAAAAUCGUGUUGGGGUUAUGAACGAGACUGUGAUAAAAAAUCCUCGUAUCAUGUGCGCCCAGUGUGUCCUGGCGAUCACAGAGGUUGGGUUAAAACGAAAGAAGCCCAAUAUGAUACGUUUUACACACAAGCAGAUUUUGGUUAUGUUAAAGAACAAAUCGACGAUUUGAUGGUGAUGUGUGAAGCACUAUACCCUGAUGAUACAUCGCUUGAAUGCUCAAAAUAUCUUAGGUUCUGCAGGGGAAGAAAUAUAAUGCUGAAUUUUACUGGCCUUGUGGGUCGUGGUGAUAAUUUGAGAUAUAAAACUGAUAUUCUCAGUGCUGGACAAAUAGGUGGCUACUGUAAGUUCUAUUCAGAUAGACUUAUGAAGGAGGCAGAACAUAUGAGUGCAUUACAGUCAUGGGGUCCAGAAAUGGUGAAUUUCGUCAAAACUCCUAAAAAGCCAAUAGCAGAUGGAAUGUGUGACAUUGUCAUAGAUAAACCAACUUACAUCAUGAAACUUGAUGCUGCUGUUAAUAUGUAUCAUCAUUUUUGUGACUUUUUCAAUUUGUAUGCAUCGCUACACGUAAAUUCCACACAUCCAUCAACAUUUACUAGAAACAAUCAUAUUCUAGUUUGGGAAACAUUUACAUAUGAUUCUGCAUUCAAAGACGCUUUUAAGGCGUUCACUGAGAAUCCGAUUUGGGAUUUAAAGAGGUUUAGAGGAAAAGUUGUCUGUUUUAAAAAUGCAGUGUUCCCGCUUCUGCCAAGAAUGAUUUUUGGUCUCUACUACAACACACCUCUAAUAUACGGAUGCGAAAGAAGUGGAUUGUUUCAUGCCUUUUCUAAACACAUACUGCAUUCUUUGAAUAUAAAACUGCAUAUGCGUACCGAUGAUAGAGUAAGAGUUACUCUCCUAUCGAGAGGAACCACAUAUAGGUCAAUUCUAAAUGAGAAAGAAAUUGUAGAUGCUUUGCUCAAAGAAGAUGGUUAUUAUGUCCAACGCGUUGUCUAUGACAGGACAGUUUCAUUCACAAAGCAGCUAGAAAUAACUCACAAUACUGAUGUGUUCAUUGGAAUGCAUGGAGCCGGUCUGACACAUUUACUGUUCUUACCUGAUUGGGCAGCGGUAUUUGAAAUAUACAAUUGUGAAGAUCCUAACUGCUAUGCUGAUUUAAGUAGACUUCGAGGACUCAAAUACGUAACAUGGGAAGAUAAAUCAAAACUUGUCCAACAAGAUGAGGGUCAUAGUCCCGGUGGUGGUUCACAUGCAAAGUUCACCAAUUAUUCGUUUGACGUCAAAGAAUUCUUGAGGUUGGUCGCGAAGUGUGCCGAGUACGUGCGCAACAGACAAGACUUUCAGAACUUCGUUGAAGCGUCUCUUAUUAAAAUGCACGAAGAAUUAUAGAAGGAAUAAUAAGUAUUGAUGUUGUUUAACGACGAUGUAAAUAAGCGACCGGACACUAGUAAAAGUUAAAUCUAAAAGUGAUUAGAACGAUUUAAAAAAAAAACUGAAUUGUUCUCAUUUUUUUAAAACGGUAAGAUAAUUUAGUGAUUGUAUGAUAAAAUGACUCUAAGCUAAUAUUUUCUCCCGCUCUUGACCCGUAGUUUACACCGAUCACUAUAAAUGUUGCUAAUUAAUUAUAAACAGUACAAUAUUAUCUAUGGUUGCUCAUUGCGUCGCUUAUUUCAGCUCCGGCUGACCGUUAAACGGAUCUUGGCUUAGUUUAUUUAAAAAAAAACCGUCCAUUUUCCUAUUGUAUUAACUUAGCUGUGAUUUAUAAGAAUCUUAGUAUAUAAAAGUUUUCAGUCAUAUUGUGAUUUUAAAAUUUUUAAUAAGAAAUUUAUUGUAAAUUGUGUGUUAAUUUAAACAGUGUGUGAGCCACAAUCUCAGCAAAAAUCAAUGUUUAUUAGGUAAGCUAGUAUAGUGCUGUUUGUUUUGGGAACUCGUGACCUACAGGCAAGACAAAGACAGUUGAUAGACUUCUCCCUCGCGUCUAUCGAGGUCAUCGACCCCGCACGUCAACUGAUUUUAUUCGUGUUGCAAAAAAAGCAGGUAGCUGCUAGCACUUGCAAGGAGCGGCUCUUUUGUGUUUUUUUUUACACAAAUAUGUAUUAAUUUUAAAUGUAGUUCAUUUAUUUGAACAGGCAAAGAGAAUAAGAAACAAAUGUAAUUAAGUGUUUAUGUAUUUGUCUUUGUUUAUGUAUUUGUUUCUGUGACUGUUUUAAUGUAAUCAUUACAAGUUAUCCAAUGAUAUAGUCAAGAUUACAUAGAGCUCUUUCCCUAGUUUCUGCACAACUGCUUCGAGAUGAAAAUUGGACAUGCAACCGAUUAUCAAUAUAAAAAAAAUGUACCACAAAGUCCUUACCUACACCCAAUGAGUUAUUAACCCAAAUGCGAUGUUUCGCUUUAUUUCCUUUCUUCUUGAUGGCAUUUCGUUAAUGUUAUUAAAAAAAAAGUUAGGAAAAAAAUGCAUUUGAAUUUUUUAAAUUUUGGUAAGCAAAAGCAUAAAAUCCUACUUAUUGCAGUACAUUUCUUAAGUUUUAUAAAAAAAUGUUUGCGUAUAAAAAAAUGUCUGCCAUCUCACUAAGAGUUGGUUUCCUUAUCAGGGAGGAGGUAAGUUCAAUUAAUUAUGCUGGUAUUCAAAGAGACAGUCAUGUCAUUAAAACUUUAUAAAGGAAUUUCUGUAAUGCGUUUCGCUUUGAAGAGUGGGGCACCUGUUGUGUUGUAAAUACGAAGACCUUAGAAGUCAUGUCUAGGUGGGUGGCGACAUUUACAUUGUAGAUGUCUAUGGGCUCUGGUAACCACUUAACACCAGGUGGGCCGUGAGGUCCGUCUAUCUAAGCAGUAAAAAAUAUACGAUCCUAUUUUUGCGAAAUUGUUGAAUAAUUUGAAUGAUAGUUUGUGUGUGACAGUGAAACAUAAUAUAUAGUAAGCGGCAAGUAAGUUGGUACGGUUUUGGCGUAGUGGGGGUAAGGUCGCGCAUAGUGCACAUUGCAACAAAAAAAUGGUCACUUUUAUUGCCCGCAUAUAAUUUUAUGUAAUUAAAUAACGACUCUUGCCAAGUUACGUGCCGGGGACUAUACUCCGCUUAAGGUGAUAUCGUCGUCCCCAAUCUAUAGUGUUCAAUAGCCGAUUGAAGCUCAUUUUAAAAUUAUAAAUAUUCGACCUUUUUUUCUCUAAUGUCCAGAACUAAGUUUUUAUGCAAAAUUACUUUUAUUUAGGUUCCGCGAAAAGGUACAUUUUAAUUAACAACCUUUCAUUUUAUCGAAUGAAAUAUGAAUACAUAAUUGGUGAGAAACGUACACUCAUUGUAUCAUAUCGAUAAAUUUAAUGUUUAUUUGUUUAUUGAUGAACGAUCGUAUACAUGUUUCCCGAUGCAAUCUUGUUUAUUAUUUUCAUGAAGGCACCGCUAGUUUAAUUGUAACAGCAUUCUCGAACGUAAGUUCCGUAAUUACAGUUCGCGAUAUACAGAUUAAUUGUCGAUGCGAUCGGAUGCGGAUUGUAUCUGUUUAAAUUAUUGACGAUCGAAUGCCAAUCUCUUAAUCUCGACGGUCAUAACUAAUGUGUACAGAAACGUAACUUUAGUAGCUAUAAACAUUUUUUUUUUUCCGUAUCAAUUCUAGUAACCUCUAGGGGUUAUUCUAAAUUCCCCGAACUAGUAGGUGAGCUCACGGGGCUCAAACCGGGAGUGUUGCCAACACUGGUCCUUGCAAGAGCAGUGCUUCGCAGAAUCUACCACCGGAUCCGGAAACGCAACCCACUGAGAAGAUCCGGUGAGAAACUCUGUGGGCUUAAACAUACCUAAUUAUGGUUGAUAUGAAUUAAAUAAUAUCGAUGCUGCGCUGUAUUUAUUGCAAUAGAUCUAGUAUUUCAAACGAGAUGUGUAAAUGAAUCUAGGAUAAAACCGAAGAAUGUUAAUUAUGUUAAUUUGUAAAAUAUGGUGGUAGAGCGUCUUGUGAGACCCCACGAAUAGGUAACACCGACCUGUCUAUUUCUGCCGUGAAGCAGUAAUUCUUUUCAGUUUAAAGGGUGGGGCUACCGUUCAACUAUAUAACUAAGACUUUGAACUUAUCUCUCGCACGUCGUACUCUGCACGUUGUUGAUGUCUAUGGUCUAUGGGCUUAGAUAGCCAUUUAACACCAGAUGGCUUGUGAGCUCGGGCGUCCAUCUGAGCAAUAAAAAAAGGAAGAAUUAUGAUAAAGAAAAUUAAAAAUGAUAUGUGUAUGUAUAUAUACUGAGGAGUACAGUAUUGAAUCGUAAAACGAUCUUGUAAUACGAAAAUACAAUAUUUACAGAAGUAAAUUAAUGACGAAAGGCCGCGCCGGUCGGCCCUCGGGCUGCGGACCGAUAACUUUUUGGGACGACCAGAUUCCAUCUUGAAAAUAAAAAUCUUUAUAAGCGUUUUUAAUUAAAUAAGUUCGAGCAUUAUUUUAAAUGUUUCAUAAUCUUAUCUAUAUAAAAAUAGUAGUCUAAACUAUUAUUUAAAUUUGUUCACUAUUAUAUAUCAAGUUAAGCUAUACAUUCGUUUGAAAGGCCGUUGACAGUUGUUCAGCUUGGAAUCAAUGAUUGCUCUAAGCGUGGUUUGCGAAUUAGGCAGGAUGGUGGUACCGAGUUGAAGGGGGUUACAACUCGUUCUAUCAUCAUUACUCAAGACGAAAGUAAACAGUAUAAUAUACUACGGAUACGGUUAGUCGAGAAGUAGUAGUGAUAAUUCGUGUAGAUUAGGGAUGUAUGACGCAUCUGUUAUAUUUUUGUAUUGUUUAUACCACUUUGAGAUUCAUCAUAUUUAAAUUUCUCGGUUCAAGAUGUGCUUGCAACUUUGUUGAUGUGUAGGUACGUUCGUCAAGACAUAUCGAACUUUAUGUAACAAAAUAUUGAUUUUUAUAUUUUUUCGAUGACUACACUUAUGGACAAAUUUAGAGGAACGCAAUUUUGUUUUUAAAAGGUACAUGAAAUGUUUGUGACAAUCAAGUUUAUUGAUUUGGAUUUUUUUAUUAGUUCAUUUACAAAUGCAAAUAUAUUUAAUUUAAUAGAAUAUCAGUAAUAAUUGUUUGCGACGAGUACGAACGAAAAUUACAACAAUAGAGAUUAAACCUAAAUUUGUCCACGAGUGUAUACAGUGUAUAAAUAAGAAAAUACAUGGUCAAUCGUAAUCAAAAAAUCAAAAUUGAUAACAAUGAUAAUUUGAACAUACAAUUAAAAUUUGAGUAUAUUAUAAUGAAUAUGUAAAAAACUAGAAGGAACAGAUCUGUCUCAGCUCAUUAAAUAUUAAAAUUAAAUAAUGCAAUUUAGUCGUAUAGUUUAAACUCGGAACAUAAUCUAAUCAUUAUUCAAACAAAUAUUUGUAUUUAUAUUAUUUAAUUGACAAUUUCUAAUCAUUCCUGCAUUUUACUGUUUUAUUGUGAUUAUUAAAUGAAUAAAUUUGUAAUAAAGACCAA